CACAUAUUAUACGAAACUAAAGGUUUGGAUGAGAAGAGAUGAAGGGCUGACACGAGGUCCGCGCAUCAAUGGCUGAAGUGGGUUUGGUCAGCGACGGCGGAUGGCUGAUGACGCUGGAGAGGAAACUUUGGAUCCCCGAGUUCAGAUCCAGUUGGAAAAAUUGAAUACCUGCACGGAUGAAAUCAACCGGCUAGAAGUUGAACUAGAUGAUGCCAACUCCGCUUUUCGAGCAACUCUCAGUGAUUCUAGUCACAAACUGCGCAUUUUGGCAAAGAAGCUUGGAAAGUCCAUCGAAGCGGCACGGCCAUACUAUGAAGCCAAAGAAUAUGCACAAAAGGCGCAACUGGAGUGCCAGCGGGCGGCAGUGCAGUACCAGCGGGCGUCGGAGGUGCACCAGGCAGCUAAGGAAACUAUCUCGCUGGCAGAACAGCGCUUCCUCAGUAACCAGACACAGUGGGAGUUUGACAAUGCCUGGCAGGAGAUGCUCAACCAUGCUACCAUGAAGGUGAUGGAAGCCGAAGCAAUGAGGCUUGAGAGUGAAAGGGAGCACCGAAGACGGGCAGCCUCGUUUACUGAAGCAGAGCAUAAGGUCCACUCGCUCGAGCGAAGACUCAAGAAAGAUAUAGCCAAGUCUAGGUUAUAUUUUGAGAAGAAGGCUGCCUUCCAGCAGAAACUCCAGGAAAUAAAGAACCAAGUGGAAGUGUUGCGCAAAGCAGUGAUACAGUCCAAGCAAGCAUACACAGACGCACUGCACAGCCUUGAGCAGAUUUCCACGGAGAUCCACGAGCGGCGCAAGGCGCACCUGCCAGCUCGAGAGCCAGGAGUUGGUGCCGAGCACAAGCCGACAUCAAUGUCAGGCGGAGAUGCCAUGCCGGAUGACCCAGCCGAACUCCACUCCCGAGUACUUGAAGCCUCCAUGAACUUGCUUCGGCAAACGACGUCGCGGCUACUGGACAUUCCCGGCGGUGACGGGCCGUUCUCCAAGGCAGAGUCUGAGUCCUACGGUUCCCUUGGCUCCUCGCCGUCCAAUGGCAGCACCCUCUCGCUGCCUACCGACCUGUUCAAAACCACCAUGUGUGACGUCCUGUCUGGGCUUAGCCUACAGGAAUCACCAUCACUGGCUGACGAUGAGGAGGAGAGCCCUGUGUUACGAGCGAGCCUGAUGUCAUCCGCUCGUUCCCACAUCGCACCUGCGUCACCUGCAAUCCGCGCUUCGGCACCACCCAGGAUUUGUGGUCCUGACGACUUCGAAGAGGUGGACCUCAAUGCAGACUAAGGAGCACUGUUUUCCUGCCUUGCUAGUCGAGAAGGGAAACAGUACCCAGUGGCUGCCGGGCCUAUGAGCAGGUCAGGUUGACCACACGUCCAGUUACCGCUUCAUACUACAGGGCUUCCUUCAGAAAGUGAGGUACCAUAUACCUACUUCACUGUUUAGCUCAUUCAGCAACUUUAGGUUUUAAGAAUGCAUUGCACAACCAGUGAUCUUAUAAGGCAGCAGAAUCUCGCCCGAAUGCUGACAUUUAGCCUGUUAGUUUUAGGGUCCAUAUUUUAGUUGCGCUCCUUGUGGACUAGUAUUCAUCUUGUGUAGUAUUUGUUGCAUGCUCGUAGUUUCAUGUUCAACUGUAGUUCGGACGUUUGUUAGGUGCCAUCAGUUAUGAAAUGUUUUUUUUUCCCUGCUGCACACGCAAAAUAUGUAUUUCGAACUGACCGUUAGGCAGAAACUGUGUUCUCGAGCACUUAACUAGUUUUGUUUGUGUAACGUGCACUUGCUAUCGUUAUGUAGUUGAUGUUCUUCAGUUCUGAUUUCUUGCUGUUCAGAUGAUGUACAGUGUUAUCGUUGCGACAGCAUUGGUAAACAAAAAAAAAAGAAGCCUGUGCAGACUUGACCUAGUGUUUGUUCAGAGGCAUUUGAAAAGUGACUGUUUUUCCAUCCUGCUUUUCGUGUGAGAAGCCAAGCUUCUAAGAAAAGAGAUGGACAGCUCUUGAACUGCUCACUUAAACGCUGAACCAAGAUUUCAAACUGUCGUUAGCUUAGCAGACUUGGUACAUUUUGAGAGAAUUUAAUAUAAUGAGCAAGUUGCGUUUGGCUUUACCAUAAACAGUGUCUUGAGAAAAUUAUUCUUGGUAGAAUGUAAUGAAUGCACGCUCAAGCCAUUGGUUGAUAGGUUAGGUAUUGUUGUCUGUACCAUUUGGACCUGCUUGCACUGGCAAGCUAUUUCACAAAAUUUUCUGACAGCAAAUGACACCAUUGCCUCUGUUGCUUAGCAUAGUUUGCCGUGUAGCUCUUUCUUUUGCAUCAUCAGCAGGAUCAUUUUUUAAUUACUUUGCAUUCAAUAGUGUUUGAUUAUGUAAGGAGAACGAUGUGUUUGACACAUGCAAAUGAUGUCUUUGGUUGUAAAUUUCAUGUCAUUCAUCUGCUACUGUUUCUUUUUUCUUUUAUUCGCCACAGACAUUAGUACCAUGUACUAUAACAUUGAACUACUUGCUCCCCUUUUUGAUCUAUAAUAGAAAAUGCUAUCCUACCUCUUCUCAAGUGGCCUGCUGCCACCUCUUUCUAGUCUAGAUGCCUGUGUGAGUGUUCACGCACAUCGCUUUGCCAUAUCUGUGCAGCGCACAUUAAGGGUGUUCUCGUUUGAACAUUUGGUAAGACUGGCCCUACACGUGCAUCAUCAGUUCAUCCAGAGCUUGGACGUCUGCGAUGCUCAUAAGUGAACUGUUCGAAUUUAGAAGCAAUUUUUAAUGCUUGAACCACUUCUAUGGAAGUAAUUCUUUUAUAAUUAUUCAGGACUUUUAGAAGACUUGAAUUGUCAUUCGUAAAUCAAUUCUUUUGCUUCAUUUCUUGUUUUUCUGAUACCAUCGUUUCACUUGUGCUCUAGCAGAUGUCUGAUGCCUGUCUUUUUAAUGUUCAACUUUCAUUUUUUUCUGAUGUAGAGCCAUCUUGUGCAUUGAAAUGUGUUAGCAUCUGCUUCAAGAAGCGUUGUUUGAGAUCCAUCUAUAUAUGUAUAUAGACGCACCUAAUAUAAUGCCAAUUAAUAGCCGUGAAAGCCACAUGUGAGUUUAUUCAUGCAAUUAAAUCUGUUGACUAUUGUCUUCAGUCACUCCAACUGAUUUAGGCAUGCUUCCUUCCAAGCCAUGUUUUUUUAGAGUAGAUCGUAAACUUGAGAUCAGGAAUGCUUUUUGAUUGGUGUUAAAAUGCUUACUGUCUACUUAGUAUUUUUUCACAUAUUGUGGACUAUCUGUCGUGUUGGUGUUAUUAAUUCCGUGUUGCAUUCUGCAGUGCGGUACCUACUAUAAUUCCUAUAUUCAAAGAGAUCUUUAACUAAAUCUGCUAUUUAAGUUACAAAGCCCACAAGUUCUAAUUAAGGAGCACUGAAACAUUUUUCAGACAUUGUGACACGGCAUUACUAACCUGUAGGCAGUGCUGCAAUUAACACCUGAGACAUACAUUAUAAUUUGUCUCCACAAUAGAUUGCUUUCCCUUUCAAUGGGUUUCUGAUCACUGGCCUUAUAUAUUUCUUGCAUGUUACGUCAGUCGUGAUAGUAGAGCUGAACGUACAUUAUGUUUUUACAGUGCAGUAUUGUACAGUACAGAGUACAGUAUGCUUGAGAUUAAAGAACCAUAUCAGUUGUCCUAGAAUAUUGAAAUAAUAAUGGGCAGGAAACUUUAAAACUUGUGUUUACAAUGUAAAGUUGCACUGAAAACUGGUUGGCCUAAACUGCAUGGCAAGUGUUUGGUAUGCUUGUCCAAUGUAUAAGUUACAUUGUACGCUUUCCAUGUGCAUUCAGCUUGUUUGACAGUGAUUAAAGCUGAAAUGUAGGUUGGCAAUAUUUUACAAGCUUUUCAUAACUGUAGCUAAUCUUGUUCUUAUUUCGGCCAUCCUCCAAGCAAACUGUUUACUGUUGUGUUGUACAUGGCAUUGUACAAGCAUUUUUAAAUAAGGACUUUUAUGCUGAGCUCACAUUUCGUGCAGUUUCUGUGGCAGGAAUUAAUGCAUUUCAUUUAAGGCUUCACUUAGUGUGACACACUAUUAGGUUUUUUAAUUUGACAUUACGUAUACAUUAACACAUGUAGACCAGAAAAUUUUAAUUGCUUCCCCCUUUAGUUUCCUUUGCUUGUAAAACUUAGAAGUAACAGCGUAUCACUAAUUGGACUGUGGUUUUCAUUGGUGCCCUGUCCCACUGUGUUUGCAGUGAGUGUUGAAGUGUUUGAGAGUUGAAAAUUCCCAGCGUACUUUUUGAAAUUGUUCUUGCCACACUGGAUUGGCUCAUGGAGUGGACAAAAGUGUGUUUAUGCAAGUACGUUGCACAUCAGUAACAGGAAAGUUAAUCUGUAAACUAUAUGCCAGGUGCGUGAAGUGUUUGGGGACACUGCUAAGUAUUGCCGUACCUUUAUAGUCUCAAAGCUUGGGAUAUAAACCUACAUCCCUUUCUAAGAUAUUGUUUCUCUAAGGAUUUGCCAUGGGCUUCCUUUCCAAGUUUUCAUGUAUUGAGAACUGGCUAAACUGUUCACAGAAUAGCCAAAAAUAGAAAGGAUGUGACAGCUUUUUUUUUUACCUCUUUAUAUUCUGUAUCCUGCACUGUGGUUUGAUAAGGAGGGACAAGUUGUUUUUACCACCACAGAUUUCCAAAUUACAUGCCCAGCCUCUCUGUUUGACUUGUACUGUGAACAGUUUGGAGAUACUCAAACUGCAAGAGAGUGACAACAAGAUGUGUGGGUUGCAGUCGCAUGCUCAGCCUCCAUACAUCUCAUUUAUCUAUGUUAUCCAGAAUUGUGUGGAGGUGUUCCGGUUAUUCUAGCGUCCAUGUUUGAAUGAGAACCGGAUGUGUAUCCAGAUCUUUAUAGACACUUAGCUUCAACAACUGUAUGGAUACAAGGAUCAAAACAAGUGGUUGAUGGGAAUUUGCACACUGUAUUAUGGAAAGAUUUUAGAAGUUGGGCUGUUUUGUUCGUAUUGGCUAGUGCUUGAUAGGAGAAGAAUUUUGUUGGUAGCAAUCCUCUUGGUGCCUGUCAAUGGAGCCUGGUAUAAUCGUCGGAGCUUGCUCAUUCUCUUGGCCCAAACCUGUGUCAGUUGUUGCACUUGCAUUCCACACCAGACCUUUCCACGUUGAAGUGCUGGAACUCGAAGAAAAGUUGGGCAGGCGUGUUCAGAGAAAGCACGAAAUAUAUUCAGGUUUUGUCUGUUCACAUGUUGCUCAGCUUACCGUCUUGCAGGGAAGACUCUUUCAUUCCACUUCUCUCCUUAUCCGGUCUCAAGAAUUUUUUUUUCUGUAGAAAACUAUAUCCACCAGGUCAAGAACUAUUUCCAAGCAUGUGGAAGCAAAAAAAAAAGUGUCUCUAUAUGGAUGUUGCACCUAUUUUUCAAAAUGUACUUUCUUUCUCUCGAACAUGAAUGUUCCACUGUUCCAAUGUAUCCACUGUUAAACAAGUACAAAGAGUACCGUUUGGCUGAUGUUAUAAGAGCAUGCAGAUGUUUUUUGCACUGAAUAUCAUGCUCACGAUAAUGGAUAAGUCAAAACCACAAUGUCCAAAAUCAUUGACACACUUAUGUGUUUUUAUGUUGCCAAAUAUUUUGUCUUAGUGUUUACAAACUGACAUUCAUUAUGCUUUUAGAUGGCUCACACUAUCUGCAUAAAUGCGGUGCUGUGAAUCGUGUUGUGCUUCAUUGCACCUGAAGGAUUGGUAAAUAACGGAUUAACGUGUAACUUCACUCAUUGAGGUUACCAGCAAGAGGAAAAUUGAAUACAAAAUGUAUUUUUGUGUAUAAAGGUGUUGUCUUGUUGCCGUGUUUUAACUGUUACACCGUGAGUGGGAAACGGCCGACUCUGAUGACAGGAGCGGCAGAUGAGAUAUUUUGUAUCACAAUUGAAUGUGCAUGCCACUUAAUAGGAACUACUCGGGUGGUUUGAAUUACACUCUAUUGUCUGUUCCUUUGCUCAUGUUCUUGUGGUAGUGCACCCUGUCUGGACUCAUCCAUGUCCUAAUGGCUGUAGCUGUAAUGUAUGCAAGCUCGUUUUAUUAGGCAUAUGGUCGUGGGCUCCAAAUACAAUAUUAGGAGCAAUAACCUGUAUUCUGAUAUAGUGUCAUAGCUUUAGUUCUCUUGAAAAUGAGUGAGGGAUACUUGCAGUGCGCAAUAAUGCAUGGUGCUGUAACAGCAUUGUGCACUCACAAAGCGCACAAUCUUCCAGUCCUGCACUGAAUGGUUGGGGACCCUGCUCUUCAGAAAGUCUUGUGAGACUUCCUUGCCGUCCUCUCGAAGGGUGCAAACAUAUGGUCUUCUUGACUAAUAAAAUGGUGCCUUUGAAACUCCUG